AUGGUUGUGGCCGGCUUCGGCAACUUGGAUGUGCCUUCACCGGCAAAAACGCCCAUGCAUCCCGAGCUCCUCAUGUCGACUGUGGGCGUGGCUUGUCAGAGUGCACUUUCAAUCCUCGACUUCUUGCAUCCGGAGUUCUCCUUGCUUCCUCGCAGUCUUGCUUGCACAGGCUUCGAGCCACCUGCAACCAGCUUGGCACAAGCAGGUGCCCCGUUGCCUCUGCGGAGACCCUCCCAAGCAGAUGCUCCUCCGGUUCUUUGCGGGUUGUUGCGCCUUGAUCAGUCUUUGGUGGCGCUGAGCCUUGGAUCUUCGGAAAGCUCGCCAUCCUCAAAAAGCUUGGUUUGGUUUAACUUGCCGGCCUCAAUCCUCGGAGGCAUUUGCUUGGGAGCUCCGCUGUUGACAUGUGAUAGCUGGGCCACUGGUCCAUCCUUGCCAGUGCGAAGCCUCCUACACUCGGGACAGUUCCUAGAGCUCGAGAAGCUGAAGAGGUGGAGUAUCAUCUCCCUGGAGCUCUCGGACUUCUACCGUGGGGAUGCGCCGCUGCCUCUUCGAAAUCUUGCCCGAGCCGGCUCUGCCUUGCCGUUUGCCGGAAGUGGGAGGCCGGAUCUGUUCACUUCCACACCGAAUUUUGCAGAAUUUGGCGCUUUUCCGACACUUCGAAGCUCCGCUCGCUCCGAGCUGGCCUCGUCCAUCGGAGGCUUGCAUCGCUCGGGACCGAGUUUGUCGGUGUCAGAUCUCCUGCACUUGGGGUCCAUGCUCCCUCCUCGAAGCCGCGCUCGUCUGGGCCCGGCAGCAGCGAUUUGGAAUUUUGGGGCACUUGGCAGUCUGCCACCGUCACGGGGCUGCAUGUGGACUGGGAGCUUCACGCUGGCGCUCCGAACUCUUCGUCUGGGCCUCCAACCUUCGGUGCUGGAACCCGCUGCAACGGGCUCAGCCUUACUCUUGAGAGACUCCUCUCGACCCGAGGCGUCCCUGCUCGUUUCUGCUUCCUCGCAAGCCGAAAUCUCCUUGCUCUUGCGCAGCUUGGCCUGUCUUGAUGUGAUCGCAUCGAUGUUGCAGUCUUUCAGAUUUGAUUUCAGCAUGAUGGUGAUGGAUUUCCUACACUUGGGAGCACCAGCUUUGCUGCAAAGCCUCUGUAAACUGGAGCCUGUGCCGUUCGUUUCGGACACUGCUGGCAUGGGACUUCCACCUCCUUCGAAGCAUUUCGCCAGAAUGGAUCUGCUCUUAUCACCGCCCUCGUGUGCAAGGACGGGUCUUUCUCUGGCUGUGCCGGAUGCCUUCGAGUUUGGCCUUGCUUUACUCUUGCGGUCCACGGCCCACCCGGGCCUCUGUCUCUUCCUCUGCAGAUCGUCUCAACCGGAGCCGCUUCCACUUGUUUCGGACUUCAGCUUCUUCGGGCCACCGCUGCUCUUGCAAAGCCCGGGUUGGUCGGAGCCGGCGACGCUUCCAUGCUGGGUGAGCCGUCUUGGGUCUUCCAUCCCAGUGUUGGAUUCUUUGCAUCUAGCGAGCUUCCUGUCCCUGCGAAGUUCUCUGAAAGCAGGGCAUGCGCUCUCCCUGGACGUGAAACGGGUGGACUUAGGGGUUUUUGUCUUGGGAAACAAAGCUCUUGGCCCAGCUCCUUCGACCCGAGGCCUUGCUCGGCUUGGCUUGCUCUUGCCUGCCUGCGGUAUGAGCUGUCUCGAGAGUUUCCUUUCGGUCGCUGACUUCCUGCAGCCCGGACCUGCACCUUCUCCGAGAUCCGCCGCUCGGACGGACUUCGCUCCGUCAGCCUCGGAUGUCUUUCUGGGCAGCUCGCCGAUCCUUCAGAGCUUCGCCUAUUUGGACACCCCAGCUUUGCCGGUAAGGACAGCAAGUUCAGGCUUCAGCCUCUCAGUGUCGGACUCUGUCACUGUCGGCUCGCCUCUUCUUUUGCGGCAGUCUGCCUGA